AUGCACUCGCCGCGAAAACACAAAUCACUUGCUCCUGAGCAUCCUGUCAUUCAAAGCGACACUCAUUGCGCGAGCCUACGCGUACCCGUUCAAGCAAACCGUAAUUCGGAUAACCCGACUACUCGGCCAAUCCAUUUCCAAAUAAUAGUCCCAUCGACGCCUAGCACCAGUCGGCUCAAAGUCGGAGCCUCAGCUAAGCAAACAGGUAAAAUGUCCGGUGUUUCGGGCGAAGAUAAACCCGUAAUCAAUUUCGACGAAGCUAGCGAGGAACAGAGCGUUGCCUCAUCGAAGGAACCCUCGCUCAUACCAUCUCCGGGUGCACCUAGUACCUCUCGUGCCAAGUCGACUUCCCCUGAGCCGUCCCUCAUGGACACGCUCAUGGACGAGCUACCACUAGAAGAAGCGUUCCAACUCCUAUACGGAAGCGAGCCGGGUGACGACGAUAGUCACAUGGUCGUUUCGUAUGAGGACUCGUCAGUCUGUUAUCACGAGGGCAUACAUCCAGUGCUGUACCGCGUAAAAUCGCUGUUGGCAAGGAGCCGCGCCUGGAGUCGCGUCCACAUGGAGGUUCCAUUACCGGACGCGGUAUUGAUCUUCAUACGAUCAACAUUAGAGCAUUCGCGCUCACGUUCUGCACGGAGAAACGCCACGUGGAUAUUUCAUCUCCUGAUUGGGGAUUUGGUAUGGGUUUACUCCUUGACCCCAUCCAAAAAAUUCCUAAAGGAGGGCGUCCCAUACCCGGAAACAAUUGAACAGGCUUGCCACCAUCGUAGAGCAACGGUGUGGCGCGUCGAUCGUUUUGGUCUCAUCCAUCGGGACCUCAAGGAAACGCUGGGUUAUGUAAUCACCAUUGCAUCAAAAGCGUACCAAACCUUCCAGGUAUGCAUGAAGGGUCACCGCACCGUGGUGACGGUUAACAGGAACCGUCUGAAUUCCGACGUAGACUUCACCAAUCUACAGCCGAAUUCGUUCAUCACGGCGCCCUUUCGCCCGCGUCAGCUGGACUACAUGUUAUUCGCCUGCGAGCCGACACCGAUCGCGUUCAAUCAUCUACGCGAAUUUUUGGCGGAUGUGCAAUAUUUCCCUAGCGCUCCGCCCGCACCAUUCGACGUACGGCCCACAUCGGCGCAUCACCAAAAUUGGUGCGCAGCAAGCUGA